AUGCUAAUGUACCUGGCUCAAAACAACGCUGUGCCUAAGUGCAGCCUCAAGGAGCUUCUAGCAAGACUGUCGACUCUGUUGUGGCUGAGCACAUUCAAUAUUGAGAGCAGAUUCAUUUACACUGACACCAAGACGGAUGUUUUUAAGUGUCACACAGUUUUAGGAGGCGGACCUGAGCUCCUGUCUAAUUUUUACAAGUAUGAUAACCCAUCCAAAGUCUUCCCCGGGUUGGAGAAGAACCCUCGUUUCUCUGUGCAAAGGAAGGAAGGGAUGAAUCAUUUAAAUAUCUCUGACGUCCAUUUAUCAGAUUCAGCCACAUACUUCUGUGGAAGCACUCACUCCAACACGGCAGAAUUGGGGAUCUUUCUGAGCGUCAAAGGAGCCAGACUCAAAGAAAUAGUCCAGUGGCCAGUAUCUGAGACCAUCAAGCCAGGAGGCACUGUGGCUUUCAAAUGUACCGUACACUCUGGGACCUGUGAUGGAGAACACAGUGUUUACUGGUUCCGACAUGGAUCUGGCCAAGGUGUCCUUCACACACGCGGGGAUCAGUGUAAACAUGUCUCCACACCACCAGGAUCUCCUUCACAGAGCUGUGUCUACCAUUGGCAGAAGGAGAACCUGAGCUCCUCAGAUGCUGGAACCUACUACUGUGCUGUGGCCUCCUGUGGGGAGGUGCUGUUUGGUAAUGGAAGCAAGCUGCUCGUCAAAGGUGAUGGUGAAGACCAAAUGGCACAGAUGAGAACCUUAGUCUGGCUCUCCAUCAUUAGAACUGCGAUUCUCAUGUUCUUUGUAACUUUUUGUCUCCUGGUUUAUAUCAGUUAAAGCUGUUGAAGUCUUAAAUGCAGAGAU